AUGGUUGUAUUCAAUCUGAAAUCUCUGGUUUCAUUCUUGGUCUCAGAUAUUCUUGGAAUCGUCGCUGACAAUGCCCACAUGGUCAUGAAUCAUGCAGGCUGUGCUGCUACCUCCAUGGCCGAUCAGCCACACGUUGAGAAGAGCUGUAUUCUGCUGGCUGAAUGGAUGCUGAAAAUCGAGCCCAUCCAUGAUAUCUAUACUUCUUCCGAAUCUCUACUGCAGUCGCUGACUCGGUCCUCCUGGGGCUGGCAAAAUGACAACCCUGGGCGCUUAACAGGGAGCGGGGUAGAAAUUUAUCAAGUCCAAGAUGAUAUACGAAAUUCGAGCAGUGUAAGAACUGCCACACAAGUAUUGGUUACCUUCUCCGUGAGAAUGCCCGGCACAGAAAGCAUGGUACUAUUCCCUUCCCCAUCUCUUUCCCCGUCGUCAUGGGCGCACGCGGAGACUCAAACAAACUGGUUGAAAGAUCUUCUCCCAGAAAGAAUCCCCUAUACCAGGAUUCUGGCAUUCUGCUAUAACGCAAAUAUCCUGUUUGGGGCAUCGUCCGCUGGGAUCAAAGAGCAGGCCGAGAACCUGCUUCUUUGCCUAUCUAAGGAGCGAAAGGUUCGGGAAUGA